UCCAUAUGAGUGACGUGUGACGGACGUGUAUUUUAGUUUCGUUUUGUAUUUUACGGCAAAACCAAAGCUAUUUUCCGACUUCAAUGUUUGUUAUUUAUUAAUAUCACCCGGCUCUAUAGUGUUCUCGUGCUAGAUAAGAAAUCGCUUUAACAAAGAUAAGUUUAGUUUACCGCUCGAAAUCAAUUCAGUUCUCUAAAUUCUUCAUAGUGUUUUGAAUAUGUGCGGCACAGAUAAAAAGCUCGGGGAAAUCCGUGCCUUGAUCCUUGUUGGUGGAUAUGGGACUCGGUUAAGGCCGCUAACUUUGAGCCGGCCUAAGCCUCUGGUGGAGUUUGCCAACAAACCAAUUCUAAUGCAUCAAAUAGAAGCCUUAGUUGAGGCUGGAGUUACUCAGGUGAUACUAGCAGUCUCAUACAGGGCUGAAGAUAUGGAAAAAGAAUUGAUCGAGCAGGUGUCAAAGCUUGGCAUAUCCUUGACAUUCUCACAUGAAACUGAGCCUCUCGGCACUGCAGGACCUUUGGCUCUGGCCCGAGAGCUGCUCAGCACAAGCCCUGAACCGUUCUUCGUACUGAAUUCAGACGUCAUCUGUGAUUUCCCGUUCAAAGAACUAGCGAAGUACCACAGAAGUCAUGGAAAGGAGGGCACAAUAGUAGUCACAAAGGUAGAAGAGCCAUCAAAGUAUGGUGUGGUGUGCUAUAAAGACAGUGGCGAAAUUGAAAGCUUUGUGGAAAAGCCACAGGAGUUUAUUUCCAACAAAAUCAAUGCUGGAAUGUACAUCCUAAACCCAUCAGUGCUAAGUAGAAUAGAGUUACGGCCGAUGUCAAUAGAGAAGGAGGUCUUCCCGUUCAUGGCAAAGGAUGGACAGUUGCACGCCAUGGAGCUGCAGGGCUUCUGGAUGGAUGUCGGACAACCCAAAGACUUUUUAACAGGCAUGUGUCUAUACCUGACGAGCCUUCGGCAAAAGAACUCCAACAAGCUUUAUGAUGGACCUGGUGUUGUUGGGAACGUCCUCAUUGACCCCACAGCCACCAUCGGGAAGGGAUGCCGGAUAGGACCCAAUGUCACUAUUGGACCAGACGUGAUUGUGGAGGACGGAGCCUGCAUAAAACGCAGCACGAUCCUCCGCGGCGCGUGCGUCAGACAACACGCGUGGUUAGACGGCUGCAUAGUGGGAUGGCGCUCCGUGGUCGGACGCUGGGUGCGAAUGGAGAACACGACGGUGCUCGGGGAAGACGUCAUCGUGAAGGACGAGCUAUACGUCAACGGCGGACAAGUGCUGCCUCACAAGUCCAUCGCUCUGUCCGUGCCCGAGCCGCAAAUUAUCAUGUGAGGGUAGACGGAGUGUAUCAGUGAAUGGGACUGUUGGAAGACGAAUGCAAUAAUUUUAUUAUAUGAAGAAGUUUUGCCAGAAUUCAGUGAUUCCAA